AUGUCCGUAUCUGGUAGCAACAGUGGUAAAUCGUACUCGUGGACUGAUGUUUCGGGUAACGUGUACUACUAUUACAAGCAUCCUAUGACCAAGGCUGUUUUGUUCAUUUUACUACAGGAAUUAUGUGAACGUUUGGCCUUCUACGGGUUGAUGCCCAACCUUCAGAUUUUCCUCAAGGAGUAUCUUAGGGUUGAUGACGCUGGUGCUAAUUCGUAUAUCUCUACGUUCAACGCUAUCCUUUAUGUUACUCCACUUCUCUCUGCUGUGAUAUCGGAUACGAUACUUGGACUCUACCUCACUAUUCUGGCAUUCUCCUUCGUUUACAUGGCGG